UCGGUGGGCCGCAGCCGCCGCCGGCCGGGCGCCUUGAGGCUCGGUGUCGUCAUAAGGCGGCGGCCAUUUUCGCGGGCGGAGGCGGCCCCCGGCGGGCGCCGGGAGAGCGGGGGCGGGCGUCGGGCGGGCCUAAGGCGGCGGCCGGGCGGCCUCGGCCACCCGGUAAUCGCGUCUUUUCCCGGCGUCUCGUCUGCAGAGAGAGCAGCAUGUCCGCGGAAGUCCCCGAGACAGCCUCCGCGGAGGAGCAGAAGUUAGAAAGGUCGUCCUUCCGUUGGUUCACCCUCUAAAUGGCCACUAUGGCCAGAGUACGCUGAUCCGAAGCCAGGAGCCAGGAGCUUCUUCCUGGUCUCCCAUGCGGAUGCAGGGCCCAAGCACUUGGGCCAUCCUCCACUGCACUCACAGGCCACAGCAGAGAGCUGGACUGGAAGAGGAGCAACCAGGAGUAGAACCCGGCGCCCAUAUGGGAUGCUGGCGCCGCAGGCAGAGGAUUAACCAAGAAAUGGAAGAUAAAGUGACUAGUCCAGAGAAAGCUGAAGAAGCAAAAUUAAAAGCAAGGUAUCCUCAUCUGGGACAAAAGCCCGGAGGUUCAGAUUUCUUAAGGAAACGAUUGCAGAAAGGGCAAAAAUACUUUGAUUCUGGGGAUUACAACAUGGCAAAAGCAAAAAUGAAAAACAAGCAACUUCCUACUGCAGCCCCGGAUAAAACGGAGGUCACUGGUGACCACAUUCCCACUCCACAGGACCUUCCUCAACGGAAGCCAUCCCUUGUUGCUAGCAAGCUGGCUGGCUGAUUAAAAGAGCUGAACUGCAUGAAUCUUCUAAUUCCCAUUAUUUCUCUUACUAUGUUACCUAUCCACUUCUUACUUCCUUUCAUUCUCUGAGUCAUUUGAGACUGACAGCUUUGCAGGUAGCGGUAGUGUGUGCUGCUGUUGUAAGGGAAUAUACAUGUGUAGAGUUUUUGAUUAGUUAAACAGUGCACUGAUAAAGACAUGAUAGAGCAACGUAAUCUACUUGAAAAUAAUUGUAUAUAUUACCUAACUCCUAGUGUAGGUUCCAACAAGUAACAAGUUUUACAAUUUUAAUGGUUUGGCUUUACUUACUUCAUCUUAAUUAUAGCAUUGUAUGUUACUCUUAUUUAACAUAACCUCUUGUAUUGAUUUUUUUCUGUAUUUUCCUUUUGGAUUUUGUAAAACAGAAGUUUAAGACCACAAGUUGUAAGAAAAGUUACAUAAUUCAAACACAACUAGAUGGGACUCCAAAAAGAUUUGUAUUUCUGUGGUUGAACUUGAAUGGCCUUAAACCUGUUUCAGCUUUAACAGUAGAAUUUUACUUGGGCAAUAUUUGCCCAUUCUGGUGUAACUUAUGUGACUCUAGUGCUUAACAGCUGCCGUUGAAGCUACUGUUCUUACUCAGUUCUAUAAUGGUAGAAUACCUUUUGUCGUUGAAGAUGUGAAUGACGUAUGCAUGUGCAUUGACUGUUGAAUUCACUUUUGUGCCAUUUUUGUAAAUAUAAUAGUUUUGCACAACCUUUCACAAAUGUCUGUAUUAAUUUCACAUAUUAAAAGGUAGUCAGUGUGCCAACCAGAAGCACAAAAGUUACUACACAAAUCCUUUCAUUACAGCUUUUGUAUGAUAAGUUUAUAAUCUUGGGCUUACAGAAUACCAAAUUGAAGUCUGCUUAAUCUGCCAUAGACUUAAGCUUUUUUUGUUUGUUUCUAAUAUCCAUGACAUUCAGUGGCCUUGUGCAAAUACGGUAUGUUGCUUAGGCAUAUCUUUGGUCCUAUGCAGAACAUUUCUUUUUGACUUUUCUGAAAAUAACAGUUCACAUAAUUUAUAUGAACUUUUUAAAUGUAGAUACUUUUUACUUCCACAAUUCACUUUGGGUAUGUUAGAAUAAAAGGCUUUCAUGCUUGGCCUUCUGUCCACCCCUAUUGUCUGGGUUUUUUUUGUUGUUUUGUUUUGUUUUGUUUUUGCUUCUUUGAUUCAAAUGGUAUAGGGCUGUUCAAUCUGUAUGGAAGCAUAGGUGGCUGUAUCCUUACUCUUUAAGAAAUUUGCUGUGCUGAAUGCUGUAUUUUAUAACUCAAUGACUUUUGCUGUCUCUUUUCUCAAUUGCUAAUUAAUCACUCUUAGGAUAUAUCCUGUAUUGUUACUAAUAACUGAUAAUUGUUUGAAUAUAAUGAAACAAAUAGUUGAAAACAUUGGCCCAGGAACAUAUGUCAAGAAGAGCUAAAUUCUGGUAAAUAACUUAAGUAAUUAUGGUCAAUUAAGAGGACAAGCUUACUGACAAUUAGAAUAUUUUACAUGACAAAUUUAUUCAUAUUAAAAAUACAUAUUCUGUCCAUGUCACUUUAGUAAGAUGUCAGUUUUACAUACAGCUUAUGUAUUUAGAACUUCAGUAGACUAUUGGAACAGCAUUUGCCACUCUUAGCUCUUCCCAGGAAUUGUUAUAAUACUGUAGAAUGAUAAUGAGGAUUGGUAGCAUGAGGUUUAUACUGGUUUUCUCUUUAUCUUUGACUUGGAUUCAGGCAUCUUUUCUGGAUCUUGGCUCCAAAUGCAUACUUGCUUUUCUGUAAUCCCAAAUUACAGUAGAUGGUGCCUUGAACACAGCUCCUAAAGGCUGAUCACCUUCCUGCUUGACCCAUGCCAAAAGGCAGAAAGCAGCAAAAUCAAUACUGUGUUCAUUGUAAUUUUAAAGAUCAGUUCUGUAUAAAUAUAUUUGUAAUGACAACAAGUAGGUUAUCCUGCAAUAUAUGUAUUUCUAGGAUCGACUCAAGAAUUCUAAAAUAUUCCAGACUAGAAUUCCUAUUAUAUAUCUGUGUUUUUAUUUUGUCAUGAGUAGUUACAAGUUACCAUUAAAUUCACACAUGAGACAAGAUGAGUCCAUGUUAUCACUGGCCAUGAUAGGAUUCCUGACGUUUGCAACAAGUGACAUGACAUCUGCCUGGCUUUUACUUUGUAAAAUGCAAUGCUAAUAUUUAACCUACCUCAGAACUUGAUGAGGCUCUGUGAAAUGCUAAGUGCCCAAAAUAAAAUAUUGUUGAUUGUCUUUUUAUUAAA